UUUUUGUGAGUCCACCCAUCAAUUUCAUAGUGGGACAAUCAGCUUUUUAAAAAUGAAGUGGGUGACUUUAAUUUCGCUUGUAAUUCUGAUAUCCUUUGCUCAGUGUUUGGAUCUGAGGAGACAAAAAAGAGAAGCAAACACGAUUUGUCAGUAUUAUACUGCUUUAAAAGAAGAAGGAUUCAAAGCCAUUGUACUUGUUGGUCUGGCUCAGAACCUGCCCAAGAGUACGUUUGAAGAGCUUGUUCCACUGAUCCGACAGAGCACAGCUGCAGCACAGGGCUGUUGUGGUGAUUCCCCAAGUGCUGACUGCUCGAAAGACGAGAAAGAACUUUUCCAAGGUGUGGUCUGCUCAUCGCAGGAGGUUGUUACUAAAAACGAGCUUGCCGACUGCUGCGCCAAGCAGGGAGAAGAGAGAACCAAAUGUUUCAUAGAGCACAAAAAGAAAAUUCCCCGCGACCUGUCUUUAAUGCACCACCUACCAGCAAGUGAGAAAUGUGAAGAGUUUGAAAAAGACCACAUUGGAUACAUGGGACACUUCAUUUUUCGCUUCUCGAAGCGAAACGUUCUGCUGCAGCCACAGGUCAUACUGGGGAUUGCUGACGGGUAUGAGAAGACCUUGACAGAAUGCUGUAAAGCGGCAGACGCUAAGCACUGUCUUGACGCAAAAAAAGCUGCCCUUCAACGUGUUAUUGAAGACCGAAUCACAGAGCUGAAAUCUAUUUGCGUGAUUUAUCAGAAGUAUGGACUGCGGAUUUUGAAAGCCAAGAAACUAGUUCAGUACAGUCAAAAACUACCACAAGCAACCUUUGAAGAAGUUGUAGACAUGACUGACAGAAUUGCAGCUAUGACAGCCACCUGUUGCAGUGGAGAUAUGAUCCAAUGUAUGAAACAAAGGAAAGAAUUAGUAGAUACUGUCUGCUCCAGAGAUGACACCCUGACUAGAACUAAGCAUCUGGCCGAGUGUUGUAAGGCCUCUGUCAUAGAUCGUGGAGCAUGUAUUGAGAGAAUGAAGGCAGAUGACAAACCUAAAGACCUGUCUGCUAAAGUUGAAAGUUUCAUCAAGGAUAAAGAUAUCUGUCAAAAGUACAAAGCUGACCAUGACGCAUUCCUAGGAAGAUUUAUUUAUGAAUAUUCAAGAAGGCAUCAAGAGCUGUCAAUCCAGAUGAUCUUGAGGAUAGGCAAAGCCUAUGAAGAAAUUUUGAAAAAAUGUUGUGAGACUGAUGAUCCUCCAGCCUGCUAUGGAUCAGCUGAUGCAGAUCUUGCAAAGGCUAUUCAUGAAAAUCUACAGCACUUUAAAGGCAUGUGUGAAAUUGAAAAGCAAAAAGGAGAAGACACUUUUGAAAAAUUAAUGCUUGUUCAAUAUACAAAAAUAAUGCCCCAGGCUCCUUUUGAAGGACUAAAUGUUGUGGCACAUAGAAUUGGUGAUGUCAUUGACUUCUGCUGUAAAAGUAAAGAUCUAGAUCACACCUUGAUGCCUUGUGCUGAGGAAAGACUGACUAAUGUUAUUGAUCAGACAUGCUCUGAAACUGAUCCUGCUACCGUUAACCCUCACAUUGACCAAUGCUGCAAGGAGUCUUACUCAGCAAGAAGACCCUGCAUCCUCAAAAUCCAGCCAGACCAAGAGUUCAAGCCACCAGCUCUUACAGAUGAUUCAUUCCCUAUUGGGGCAGCUCUGUGUGACAUGAAACCACAUGACUUAUUUGGUGCAGCUAAGAGGCUUCUUUACACUCUGGUGAGGAUGAAAACUACCAUAACAAAUGAUCAACUUCAAACAAUCUCUAAACAUUUCUAUGACAUAAAAGACAAGUGCUGUGCUGAAGCUGACAAAGCAGCCUGCUUUGCAAUAGAGAAACCAAAACUAGUGGCUGAGAGUCAAGCCCUUCUUCAGGCCUAAUAUAUUCAGGUUUCACUGGAGAAGACAAAAAGAAGAAGCCAUAUCUAACAGUAUACCUUUCUUCAACGAGUCAUGAGAUCAUGAGUUGCAAAAAACGAUCGUGCUGCUGUGUAAUCUCAAUCCAUGGGCCCGUUCUGAGCUGCCAACUACAGAGUCUAUAUGGUGUAAUCAUUUUGAUAAUCAAAGCAAGUAAUAAACUGAACUAAUUAGAAA